GCUUCGCUGCGAGCCGGGAGCGCGGCCGCCACUGCCGCUGCGGCUGCGGCUGGGCGAAUGCGCGGGCGGCGGGGCGCGGGGCAGCGCUGAGCGGCGCGGAGAGGAGCGGAGAGGAGCGGAGCGGGACCGCCUCCCGCCCGCCCGCCCCGGCUGCGGGCAGCCCCGGGGCCGCUCCCCGCCUCGGGCCGGGAGCGCCGCGAUGGAGCCUCCCGCGGGGUUCGCCUGCGUCCUGCUCUGCUGCGCGCUCUGCCUGCCCGCCGCUGCCCCGCGGCGUCCCGGGCACAGAGAUCCCAUUCUGAGGAAUAUAGAGGAGUACAGCCUUGUCAUCCCCACCAGCACCGACUCAGAGGGCAGGUUCCUAUCCCACCUGGUGUCCGGACCACCAAAAGCACGCUUCAGGAGAGCUGCAGACGACUUGCAACACAAAGCAGCAAAUGAGCAAAUAUUUUACAAUGUCACUGUUUUUGGAAGAGAGUUUCACUUCAGGUUGCGACCAAACUCCAGGCUCGUUGCCCCUGGAGCAACAGUUGAAUGGCAGGAGGACUCGGAUGAGACUCACAUCGAACCUCUCUAUGGGAAUUGCCUCUAUGUUGGGGAUAUCACUGAUCUGCCAAAUGCUUCAGUUGCUAUCAGCAAUUGCGAUGGGUUGGCUGGCAUGAUUCGCACGGACAAGGACGAGUUCUUCAUUGAACCUCUGGAGAAGGGGACCCGUGAGGAGGAGGAGGAAGGAGGCAGAACACACGUGGUCUAUCGCAGAGCAGCCGCCAAGAAGCAGCUUCCUAUUGAGGAUGCAGAUACCCUGUAUAAAGCGCCUAACCUGACUAACCUGGAUGGUCUCGACAGUGCGCUGAGCCUUAUUGAAGAUGGGGUGCGCAGAUCGAGGCAGCGCCACCGGAGGCACGCGACGGAUGAUGAUUACAACAUCGAAGUCCUUCUGGGGGUUGAUGACUCAGUUGUUCAGUUCCAUGGGAAGGAACACGUUCAGAAGUACCUGCUGACCCUGAUGAACAUUGUUAACGAAAUUUACCAUGAUGAAUCCCUGGGUGCUCACAUCAACGUUGUCCUGGUGAGGAUAAUCCUGCUGAGCUAUGGCAAGUCCAUGAGUCUGAUAGAGAUUGGCAACCCUUCUCAAAGUCUGGAGAACGUGUGUCGUUGGGCCUACUUGCAACAGAAGCCAGACACUGGGCAUGCAGAAUAUCACGACCACGCUAUCUUCCUCACAAGGCAGGAUUUUGGUCCAUCUGGCAUGCAGGGCUACGCUCCAGUCACUGGAAUGUGUCAUCCUGUUCGAAGCUGCACUCUCAAUCAUGAAGAUGGUUUUUCAUCUGCAUUCGUGGUGGCUCAUGAAACUGGACAUGUUUUAGGCAUGGAGCAUGACGGCCAAGGAAACAGAUGUGGGGAUGAGGUCCGCCUGGGGAGCAUCAUGGCCCCCCUUGUGCAAGCUGCCUUCCACCGCUUCCACUGGUCCCGCUGCAGCCAGCAGGAGCUGAAUCGAUACCUCCAUUCCUAUGAUUGUCUGCGCGAUGAUCCCUUCGAACAUGACUGGCCUUCCCUUCCACAGCUGCCAGGAAUUCACUACUCCAUGAAUGAGCAGUGCCGUUUUGAUUUUGGUUUGGGCUACAUGAUGUGCACAGCUUUUCGUACGUUUGAUCCCUGUAAGCAGCUGUGGUGUAGCCACCCUGAGAACCCCUACUUCUGCAAAACAAAGAAAGGGCCUCCGCUGGACGGGACCAUGUGUGCACCAGGAAAGCACUGCUUUAAAGGCCACUGCAUCUGGCUGACACCAGACAUCCUGAAACAGGACGGGCACUGGGGGGCAUGGAGUAAGUUUGGCUCCUGCUCUCGCACCUGUGGCACGGGGGUGAAGUACAGAACACGGCAGUGUGACAACCCGCAUCCAGCCAACGGAGGCCGCACGUGCGUAGGGCCGAGCUAUGAGUUCCAGCUCUGCAACACUCAGGAUUGCCCCAAGGACUUUGAGGAUUUCAGAGAGGAGCAGUGCAGGCAGUGGGAUCCGUACUUUGAGUACCAGAACACGAAGCACCACUGGCUGCCCUAUGAGCAUGUUGAUGCCAAGGAAAGGUGCCACCUGUAUUGCGAAUCCAAGGAAACGGGGGACGUUGUGUACAUGAAGAGGAUGGUCCACGAUGGGACCCGCUGCUCCUACAAAGACGCUUACAGCAUCUGCGUGCGGGGAGAGUGCUUGAAAGUUGGGUGUGACAGGGUCAUAGGAUCCACGAAGCAGGAAGAUAAGUGCGGUGUUUGCGGAGGAGAUAAUUCCCACUGCAAAGUGGUGAAAGGAACGUUUUCAAGAGUACCAAAGAAACAAGGACACAUUAAGAUGUUUGAAAUUCCUGUUGGGGCAAGGCAUUUACUUAUACAGGAAUCAGACGCCACCAGUCAUCAUCUCGCAAUUAAAAAUCGUGAAACAGGAAGAUUCAUUCUAAGUGAAGACAACUACGUGCCAGACUCUAAAGUAUUUAUUGACAUGGGUGUGGAGUGGGAAUAUCGGAAUGACGAUAAUAGAGAAACUGUGCAGACCAUGGGGCCUCUGCGUAAUGGAAUAGUUAUUCUGGUGAUUCCUCAUGGUGGUGCCAAGAUAUCUCUGACUUACAAGUACAUGAUCCAUGAAGAUUCCUUGAAUGUAGAUAACAAUAAUGUUUUGGAAGAGGACUCAGUAUCGUAUGAAUGGGCUCUGAAGAAGUGGUCCCAGUGUUCAAGACCUUGUGGAGGAGGCUUCCAGUUCACAAAAUAUGGCUGCCGAAGGAAGACGGACCACAAGAUGGUUCAUCGGAGUUACUGCGAGCUGAUCCAGAAGCCGAAGCCCAUUCGCAGGGUGUGCAACCUCCAGGAGUGCUCACAGCCCAUAUGGGUUACAGGAGAAUGGGAGCCUUGCAGCAAGAGCUGUGGGAAAACAGGAUACCAGGUGCGAUCUGUGCGAUGCAUCCAACCCCUGCACGACAACACAAAUCGGUCUGUUCACACCAAGUACUGCAACAACGACCGUCCCGAGGGCAGGAGGCCUUGCAACCGGGAGCUCUGUCCAGCACAGUGGAGAAUAGGACCCUGGUCACAGUGCUCCGUCAGCUGUGGCAAUGGCACGCAGGAUCGCCCAGUCCUGUGCCGAACCAGUGACAACGCCAUCGGCCUUUGCAAAGAAGCUAAACCAGAGAACGUAAAGAUUUGCAGACUACCUCCAUGUCCAAGAAACAUUUCUGAUCCUUCAAAGAAAACCUACAUGAUACAAUGGCUGUCGAGACCUGAUCCAGACUACCCUAUCCAGAAAAUAUCUUCAAAAGAUCACUGUCAAGGAGACAAGUCAAUGUUUUGCCGCAUGGAAGUUCUCUCUCGGUACUGUUCAAUUCCUGGUUACAAUAAGCUCUGUUGCAAGUCCUGUAAUAUGUACAACAACGUAACAGAGGAAGGCAAUGCAACCGAUUCUAACGCAAACAAGAAUAAUGUCAUUGAGGAGGAGCUCUUGACAACCCCCAGCCCUCUCACGGGAGUUCCCACCACACAACCCGCCACCACCAGUCCUCCUCCUGUUUCCAAACCCCCCAUGCCUCCUUCCAAUGCCACCGAUGAGCACCCCGAAAUUAACGCGGUGGACGUGCCCUAUAAAAUUGAUGGGCUGGAUAACGAAGUGUCACAGCACAACAUCAUCACACAGAGGAGGGUACCUUACGAAAGGACGAGGAAUCAAAGGAUCCAGGAGUUGAUUGCUGAGAAAAGGAAAAAAGAGACUCUCAGAAGAAUAAACUAAAAUGGAAAUAUGGCACAAACAACAUUUUUCUCUUAUAGAGAUGUUACCAACAUCGUAGUAUUGCCCAUGUCGUAGAGACUGAAAAUGGGGAAAAAUCAAAGUGGUGCUAUGGCAGAGAUGCCAAAGUCUAAAGCCUACUAUAAAUGGAAAGGACAGAUUGUUUUGCAAGUGCUGAUCUGAACACUUUGACGGCUAGGUUUCCAGGGUACAGUAGAGUGUUAAUCAUGACAGCAUUUCACUGGAUCCAAACAAACCUUAAUACCUAGGCCAGGUUAGCAGGUUUUUUGUUUAUGGGCUCCUUUAAGUCUUCUAUGGCUGCAUGAAACUUCCUGGGAGCAGUAAUGCAAGUUACAUUUAGGAUGGAGGAAAAUGGUCCUGAGACAUUAAGAACCCCUUUAAUCCUGACAAGCAGGUGGUCACAAAUCCUGUGAUGCUUCCAUGCAUUGCGUAGAGCCAGGCGCUAACCCAGCCCUGGAUCGGGAAGGUGCUUAAGGACGAGCCAGACACACUUAGUUGCCUUCAGCAAAGCUGCAGCUGGGCACGUACUUACGUAGCUUUCCUUACCAGGACUGUGUAAGAAAAUAUAUAAAAAAUUCUGUAGCCAUAUAUUUAUGUGUAAAUUAACAACUGGCAACCAGUAGCUUACAUGUUUCCACAAACAUUUCAAAGGAUUCUCCUAAAAGUUUGAAUAUACAUGCAAGGCAUUUUGUAUUAGGGCAGGUCCAGCCAACUUGGACUGGUGACAGCCAAGUCUUUGUGUUUACAGGUAUCCACUCAUAUCACGCAACAGCCUCAGUGAUCUUUGUUGGUUGGUGCUUUUUGUGUUACCUGACUUUUUUCUACCCACACGGUGUUUAAGUUAACGAUGACUGGAUUCUUGUUGCCUUUUCUUUGGUGCUUUAGUAGGAAGACAUUUUGUUUUUUUUCUCUCCCAUAGGACAAGGUUAUUUUUGAGGAAAUAAUUUCUUUUUUUUUAUUCUCUUCCUUUCCUUCAGACCGCUUUAUUAGCACGGAAGUGAACAAUUGUUCCCUGUGUCCUACAUCUAGAUGUUCAUGCACGUGCAUGCAGUACCAGGUCUGCUGGAAACGUUGAGAUGUGGAACCUGAGAACUCUUUGAGUACUUCUUUUCCCCUCAGGGUCAUCAUAGUUUUCAUCAGUCAUUCCAGAUUCCUGGUUGGAGAUCAGAAGAUAAAUUCAGAUCAGUUUAGUUUUGGGAUCACUCUGGGUGAUGGGGAGGUCGGUGCGAGCCAGCCUUCAGCAUCUAAGAUCAGAAUUACUUCUGCCAUCCCAGCAGUGUAGCAAGGAAGGAAAUCGGGCACUGAAGGCUCCAUGCAGAGUCUGUGGAGGGCAGAAGUAGGUGCCGGUUAUAGCGGGUCCGUGGAAGUAGGUGAGGAAAUGGUCCUUUCUCCCCAUGCCGGGACUCUCCCGGUAACAGCAGCGUGCACCGCUGCCCUUCCCUCUGCAGGGGGCAGCUUAGCUUUUCUUAUGUCCCUUAGCUUGAACUCUUCCCUUCCUUUCCUCUUUGCUGGUCAGCCUCCCGCAGAGCCCCAACUUCCCUCAAAUCCUCCUUUUACCACUCCGCCCUGGUUCAGAUUUUCCAGUCUGAGAAUAAAACCUCACCCUCCAGCUAUCCCAGCGGCUGCAGCUGCUCAAGGUUUGAAGCAAAGGCAGCUCUAAGCCUCUACACAGCCACGUGGACAUCAGACACAUCAGAUUUCCAACAGUCUGUAAGCUCUACUGCUGCUGAAGAACUUCAGAAGCAUUACACGUGUUGCAACCCUGCCUGGGGCAGCCCUCCUGCAUCCAACCACCAUGGCCAAAUGUGCUGGAAAAGGGUCAAGAAAAAGCAGUUUUUGCAGCGCUGGUUGUCAUCAGGAGCCUUGGAAGGCCAAGAGGCUGGUUUAGGAAAGGAGCCUUGUGGAGGGAUCUGAAGCAGAGAAGGGAAGUUUUUAGCAGGUGUAGCACUGAGUCUCUUCAUAUGAGUUGGUGUUGGUGCACUCAGGUGAGUGUUUAAGAGCAGCUCAGGUGGUGCAGAGGUGGGAGUUACACAGAAGGACACAACAGUUGGGAAGCACAGCAGGGCUGAUGUGAUCCUUCCUGCUGUAGUUGGGCUGACAGCUGGUGGCCAUAGUGAGUAUUUCUCGCAUUUCAUAUUUCCUUUACUCAGAUGCAGUUAAACUCACCUCUUCCCCUUCAUGUUGUUAUCCUGCUUUUAGGUCCAUGAAAAAUACAAAACAAAACAACAAACCCAGGCUUUGUCAUAGCCUAGAAGCACAUCCAAGCAUAUGAUAAACUUUGGAAAAAGCCCCACCAAACCCAAGGAUGGAGAAGGGUUGGGACUUAGACUUAUGCAGGAGAGAGGGAGGAGUUUGCUCCCUGCUUGGUGCCUGUUUUCCUCUCUGUGACUUUGUGGAGAUCCAUAUGAGGUAAUGCACCUCAUAACUUCUACUCUUCCUUAGCAUCAGGAAUAGGUGUAGUCAGCCAGGCAGUGCGAAGAAAGGGCACGUGGGGAAGAACCCACAGCUCAGAUGCUGCCUUACAAAUAGCCUCCUCCCUCCAAAGGACUUUCCAGUUGCAUCCCAGUAGCAAGCAGGGCAGGAAUUUACUUGGUGCAAUUCAGGUGACCUUUCUGCAAAGGCAGUGAGGAGUCAGAAAGCUGAUUCAAAUUCAGGAACUUGAUUGCUUUACCUUUUCUGUUCUCAGACAAACAGACCAAGGGCAAUUUUGCAGAUAAGGUGGAGUCUUCAGCUGUGUUUUGGAUGGGGAGCAGCCUCCCGGAAAGCUGGUGCAGUGCUGUGCUCCACCUGGUGCUCGCUGGGGACUCCACACAAUGCCUGGGCCACCUGCUCUCAGGAAGGUCUUGCUCCUCUUUCAAUCUCACCUUUUUAUUUCUUGCUAUUUUUAAUUCUCUUGAAUAAUUUUCUAGCUGCUAUUUGGGGAAUGCUGAAGUGACAUUUGUAGGAGCAGCUUCAGUCUAGAUUGCCCAGACACAGGCUGGCCCAUCUCCUGGAGCAGGAGCGCCAGCUGCCUCCUCUUUACAGUCUUGCUGGACAAAGAAAAAAAUCUCCAUACUGGGAAAGAUGCCCUCAUUUCAAGCUGGCAUGCACAUCUCAGAAGAUGUUUUUCAGCAGUUCCCUAUGAUAGUAGUUUCCUAAGAACCUGUACCACACUUGUACUGGAAAGCAGAGCUCAGAGCUCUUUUGAGAAAGAAAAAGCAGCACAUGCCAAUAGGUUGGGUAAGCUGGUACUUGUUUCUUGUCACACAGUGGAAAUUUUGGUCAUUUAUUGGUUGGUUGAACUUUGACAACUGCAUCCUCUUUUCUACAGUGCUGUGACUGGGAAAGAGCAUCAUCAGCAUAUGUCGCCUUUCACCAUUCUGCUGUUGCCUGAGUAUGGCAUUUGGACACAUAAUGAGCAGAUUAGUAUUUUAAUUUAACUAAUUCCCCAGAAACUAAAGAGAUCAGAUGUAAAGUAAACUGAUCUAUAUUCCUGCAGAGACUGUCUCAGAGCUCUGAGAGCUAAAGCAAAUGUACUCCCAUUAAGCAACGCAAUUUCUGAUAUCCAUUUGCCAAACUGUACAGUACACAACUCUUUAAGUUACCAUUUUUCUCCUUCUUUCAGCUUAAAAUCCAAGUGUUACCUCCUCACACACACACAAAAAAACAAUAAUCUUAAACCAAUUCUGGUUUCUUUGGUUCCAACCUACUGCCGUUUUCCCACCACCAUUCCUUUACAGGUUUCUGCAAUUCAUUAUGAACACAUCACUUUUUGUAUUCAUGUAUCCAUUCAGUAUUUAGAAUCUCACAACGUCUCCAUAGAAUGCUUUCAGAUAUUUUGAGAAUUUUAUGAAUGGUGCUUCUCUGGUGCUCAAAGGGUUUUAUGUUUUAUUUUAGUACGUAACACAUUUAAUGUCGUAUUUACUCACCUACAAUGCAGUAUUAGCUAUGUUCAUCUGAGUAUCUAUAUGCAACUUCCAUUCACUUACAUAUACCUUAACAGAAAAUUGCAAUAAAUAGCCUUUUUUUUGUAUAUUAAAAAUGUAUAUACAAAUUAGAAUCUCUAAUUUUAUAAUUUAUUAAAUCCAAAUGUCUGUGUUCUUUUGCAAAGCGUUUGACUUUUCCCUGUGCUUUUUGUUACUGAAGUUACGUCAUGCAGAGAUGCUGGGGAGGAGGAAACAGCAUCCUUAGACCCCAAAGCAAUUCAAUUUGUAAGACUUUAUCUUGAUGAAUAUCAUGAAGCCCAAAACUGCAUGCAAAUCGAUCAAACUUACUUACAGCUGCUUGAGGCUCUCAUCGUUUGCAUUCUGCUGAAAUCCAUUCUGGUCCGUGUAUCACCUCCUUAACUGCAGUUACUCAGACUUCCACGUGGGGCUGAGGAGCCGAUUUUGCUUUGUAAGUCCUGUUGAUAAAAUAAUUACUCCAUUCCAUGAAAUGCUUUUGCAUACAUCUUCCUGCCCUAUCCUGCAUGCUCAUAGCCAGGUUUCUUUUUAAGCAUAAUUGAAUCUCUUCCAUCUAAUUGAACUUUGCUGCUUGAGGAUUUGAAAGAUCCCCGCUUGCCUUGAUUAUCCUGUUAGCAGCAUGCAGUGCACUGAAGCCCAACAUCCAUAACCAGGUGACAAACCACCUCAAUGUGGAAAAGGCAUUUAGUUAUUUAAACGUCCUGGUAAAAGAGUGGACCAGACAAAACGCGGAUUUCAUUUCAUGUGACAAUUCACAUAUUACCUAAUGUACAGCUGUGGCAAGGUUAUAUUUAAUUGGGUGUCGGUUUGGAUGCAGGAACAUUGCUCACAGGUAACUGUUAGUUUGAAAAGAGCAUGCAAGAAUGAGCUUCCACUAGAAGAAGGUAGCCUUCAAUUAUUUUUAUAGCAACCCCAAGGUUUAGAGACCCACAGCCCAAACACAAGAGGCACCCAGUGGGUUCCCUGCACAGCACCCUUCUGCAGUCUUCUUCUCUGUCACCAAUGCCCAAAGCUGACAAUUACAAGAAGCCUCCUCUUCCCCUCCAGCUGUGUGCCAACUUCUGAGCCCCUCUGUGCCAGUUCUGACACAUGAGAAGCACCUGGGGCCCAAACAGGAGCCCAGUGACACCAGCACAGGGCCUGCAGCAUUUCCCAACAGCAGCCUUGGAGCUGCUCUGGCCCCUGCAGGUUUCAGAGCCACAGAGCACCGUUCCCCUAAAUGUUAUCCUAAAAGAUGCUGAUGGGAGUAUUCUCUGUCUUGUUUGCAUGAACAAUGUUCUUUCAGGAUCCUACUCCCACAGCACCCACAAAUACCAAUGCAUUGUCUGUUUCUGAGCACAAAGCCACAUCUGGCUGCGCAAAUCUGCACAAAGGCAAACCCAGCGUGUGUGAUGGGUACAGCAAAAGCAACCUAGAAGCUCUAUGGCCAGACUAUGCACCACGCUGCAAAAAGGGUCUCAGUAUCUGUGCAAACUCUGCCUUCUGUGCCUGAUGAUGUGCCGAGGGGACACCUCACAGUCCAUGCAGGAACUGCUGCCCUGAUCUGUUAGCUUUGGGAGAAAGAACUGACAACUUAUGGAGAUACGUGUCUAAAAUUUAAAUGAGGUAUGGAAAGACACAUACAUACAAGGGUACAAAGCCACAUUAUGCAGAACUGGAAUGCUAUAAGUAAAACCGUAUUUAUCUUAUCAAAUACAUUUCCUGUGCUGGAUUUCCAGGGGAAGUGGGAGUUUGCACUCUCCAAGCCACCACAGCACAUUAAAGAGGUCGGUCACUGCACCCAGGUGUGCACAGUGGCACUGAGCUCUGUGCUGGGCAGGUGAAGCACAGCCUGGCAUGAGGUUAAAAGUGCUCUGAGAGGGCUCUCCAGAGGCACUUCCCAGUCUGAGCCAAAAUCCCAGGGAGGGUGAACUCUGCACUGCUCAGAGCCAUUGCAAGGUCUUCCAAAAGGAGCAUGCCCACAUUUCCAAGCAGACAGAUCGCUCACCCUUGCACUAAAUGGUGAGGGCUGCAACACUCCAUCUGUGCAGCAGCCAGUUCCUUGCUUGCAAAAGAAAUACCUGGUAAUUUCCAGACAAUCUCUGUGCAUCAGUGAUGGUGUUUGCACAAGCAGCCGCUGCUGGUUCCUGUGUGAGCUGCAGCCAAGGCAACAACUGCGGGUGUGACAUCUCUAACCCAGCUCCAUCAAGUUAAUAGAAAAACAGUCCAUUAAUGUUUCAUGGGACAAUCUUUGCUGCCUACCAUAGCGACUGCUCACUGCAACACACGGGAGGUGAAGGGGCUGGGGGAUAUAAUUAGAGAGCACAAAUCAUCAGGCAGCUGGCACAAAUCAGGUCGAACUCCUUUUCUUUCUUGAAAUUUUAAUGAUAGAGACACAAAAAAGCAGCAGCUCUCUGUGCCACGGCUUCUGAGUGCUGAGGAUUGCUCCUUUCCCGAUACUCUGACCCGAUUUUAGCAGAGGAGCAGUGUGGCAGCACUACCAGCCAUGCCCAAGCCCCCCACCCCAUGUUUACCUGCAGCCCAUUCCCAUAGGCACUGUGGCUGCCUGGCACCCACAUGGGCAUCACUUGGCAGCAAUGGCCUGCAGGGGUCUCUCCUCUCUUACUUUUUCUUAACUCUUUCAUUGCUUUAGAAAACAGAGAGUUAUGUUUUCUCUCCACCCAAACAAAAGUUUCUUGCCACAGUCCAAGGCAAGAUUUUCAUCAAAGAGCACUGGAAAUGCACAGCCUGCACAGCGCAGCUCAGCCACACAGCACUGCUGGCUCCUGACCCACCCUUUGGCACCCCAAGUACCUCCCUAAGGUAGGAAUUGAUGUUUUUUAUCCGUACAGGGCUCCCUAUGAUUAAUUGCUUUGUUUAUCCAAACACAACAAAGUUCAAAGAUGCCCAAAAGAAUACUGCUUAUUACCCUGGCACACCUCCUACUGCUGAACCAGCUUAAGACAGCUUUCCUCCAGACUGGGAACAUCUGAAAAAAGCUAACAACAGAAAACCAGAGGAGCAUGACCACCACAUCAUCCUGGCCUCACGCUGUGAGGGCCCCAAUUUCUUCCUCUCAGACAGUUUGUUGGAGAAGCCUAAAGAGAAGGAGAAAGCGAAGGUGUGAGUUGUUAGUGGAGAACAACCCAGCUGGGCAUUGCUGUUGGCGAUUGGUGCAGGAAGGCUGAAGCUCAUUUCCUUCAGCUGUGUGGCAUCAGAAACAGAGGCAAGCAGCUGAAGCUCACACACCUUUGAUAAUUAAAUGCUAAGUAACGACCAGCUGCAGAGAGCAACUAAUCUCUGCUUGGAAGCACAGCCUGGAGGGAUGCGAGAGGCUUUGGAGCAGCUUAUUUCUCUGCACAAGGGAGAAUGAAAGAAUCUGACUGAUGGGUGCAGACUUGGGUGACCAAAGUGGCUGCCAGAGCAGCUUCCAGCCUGAAUGCCAACCACACCAAGAACAUUUGUACUAAAACUGAAGCAGCGAUUUCGAGCCCAGGAUUUCUGCCUUUCUCCCCACCCCAUGCAGCUCAGGCCGGGUGAUGGAGCAGCUGGGUCAGGGAGCACAGGGAUACUGCAGUGCAGCUCUCUCACAGCAGUUACUGAGGACAGCAUUUAGAAACAAAAGCAGAGGGAGGACUCUGCUGCAAAAUCACAACCCAGAUCCCCACCCAGCACACAAGAGGAGAGAUGCUGAAGUUAGACAUGGAGGCAGAAUACAAAGACAAGCCCUCACUGCGGAGCCAGCUGGCCCUGCAGGUCAGGCGUUGCCAGCCCUCCUCACAAAGCGAUUUUCUGCAGUGCGUUUGCGUGUGUGCCGUGCAGCAGCACCGUGCAGCGAUGCAGCGCGGAGCCGCGUGUGCUCCUGUCGCCCGGCUGCUUUGCUGCUCGGCUGCGUGCAUCGCAGCAGGGCUCAGCGGGAAGGGCUCCGGCAGGCUAUAUUUAGCAGCAACAACAAAACAGGCAGCCGGAUCAGCUGACUGGGCGCAGAGAGCACGGGUUAGUUGUAGGCAGCACGUAUCCUGCGCGGAAAGCAGGGCGAGAGAGAGGGAGAGAGAGCAGGGCACGGAGCUGGGAGGUACCCCAUCACCCGCAGGGGCUGCGGCUCAGUGGGGGUAGUCUGAGGGAAGGCCAGGCCAAAAAGAGUAGAGGACUGCUAUAUGCAUAAAAAGGACGUGAAGCAACAUCAGCUGUCAGCCAUGGCUCCCCGGAUAAGAUUGAGUGUUUCAAAGCCUCUCCCAACCAUCUGCGAAACCCACGAGGAAGCAAUGGAAGACCUAACCAGCAACCCAAAGCACACUGCAAACACUUCAACCAACCCAGACUUGUACUCUAGCGAUGACUACAUUCAAUCUAUCUGCCACCUUGCCAGGCCCACCUUCCCAGGCAUUCCGGAAAGCAGCCAUAGGGUUCGGAACAGAAGAAUCCUGCAGACCCUGGAAGCCAUGUCAUGGUCCCCAUCCCAGAAAGAAAUGUCAGCAUGUAAAUUGACCAAUUUCAUCUCAAAUGUGAUGCCACUGGGAAAAGCUACAUCUGCUCCUGAUGAUGCAGAAGCCGACUUCUGGUCUAGAGAGGACCCCCUGGCACAGAUCUACAGGCGCACAGGAAACCUCUGCUCCUCCAAGGGUUUGUGGAGCAAAAGCUCCAGCACUGACUCCUCACAGUGCAUCUCCUCCAGCCACCUGGACUCCCUUCAUCCCCCAGCCAUGAAAGAAGAAGCCCCAGGAAAACCACAUUUCCCACGGAUGUUCAGUUUUCCAAGGUUUCCCUCUCCAAGGCCAAUGCAGAAAGAAACGCUCUGCUCAGAGCUGAGGUGUCUCAGAAGGGAUGAGGGAGCGGUUGUAGGGAGCAAUCACAGUCAAAAGGAAGAUGCUCCCAGGUUUAUUAACACUGAAGAGCUAUUGCUGUGCUCAGGCAGAGGGAAGCUACUAGGAAAUCGGCUCUUGCGCUGCUCUGUAAGGAGGCAGAGUUUGUUUGAGGCAGUGGGUGCUGACGAAAAAGAAGGGAGAGAAACUUCUCACUGUGACAAAAACGCAGUGGGUGAUGUUCCCAGUAAACAGAGAUACUCUGAGUGCUUCCAGGCAGCUAAAAAAGCUGUGAUCCAUAAUUGGAUUUCAGAGCAUAGAUGCAUGUGGAAAGAAGCAAAGAUAAAGGCUUGUUUGCUCCCAGCCAUUGCUGAAGUGUGAAAAAGUAUCUGUUCCAAAUAAUGUUGUUUGCAAGAAAUAAACACCCUGUGCUCUAGAAGCUCUCCCUGGAGUCCUUAUGUGGAAAACAUGGCUUGAAUGUGCAUGCAAGUCAGAAAACCUUUUGUGAUCCAUCUUACCCCUCAUCAGUGGGCAAAUGGACAACUUGGAGUCCAGUCCUCUGAGAAAGCAGCAAUUAAUUCUCAUUUUGGAAAGACAACGGUUCAUAAAGCAUUGCCCCACACCUAUUGCCUUGAACUGCCCUGAGCAUGGAGGAAAUUGAAGAGCCAUCUGUCUUGAAGAAGUAAUCUGAAGGAAAAAGAAACAACAACCCACACACCUACUGCCAUUUCACAGCAGAUGCCAAGCAGCCAGAUGUUUCACACGCUUGGGUACAGUUAUUCUGAAAGGAACAUUCUGAAUGGUGCUUGGACAGUACUAAAUAUGCCCUCACUGACAUAUGCAUUCACUGAGACACACAGCAUAGAUCACUGCAUCAACACCAGAAUACCACUGGGUCAGUCAUCUGGUAGUGCUUUCAUGUAAAGGAAUACUUUUAAUAGCUGUAAGAAGCCUGUGAUGAGGAUGUGUUAGAGGACAACAUGAAAAAUACUGAAACUGCUCUGGGUGGGACUUUUCCCCUUCCUUAGCACUGCAAAAGUUUAUGACUUUCAUGUCACAAUCUAACCUUUUUGGGGAUGAGUGCCCUGGGUGAGCAUUGCUAACGCUGGUCUGGUGCUGCAAGAAAUCAGGGUCCCAUCGGUGUCUGCACUGCUGUCUGUGCUGGGUGGGAGCACAGCUGGGAGCUGAGAAAGCUCUGUGCACGUAUGGAUUGUGUCUGUGUUUCCCUUCAUCUGUGUGCUUCUCUAGUUUCCCCCACCUGGCCAUGCUAACCACACUGACUUUUCUAUGCCUGGUGCUGUGAGACCGAAACAUGAAGGAAAAAAAAACAUCACAAGAAGUCCCCAGGACAGCCCCUUUGCUGCUCAUGCUGUGUGGGAUGUCUGCAGGAGGAGCAGUGCUGCUGUGGGAUCCAGGUCAUCCCCUAACCGCCUCACUGAGACAACUUUGUCUCCUGAAGCCUUCACACACUGUCACAGUCCCACAGUCACAGCGCACAGCACUGCAAGAGGAGCGGGUGAGAGAACUGCUAAGUAAUGCCAGUGCAGUUAUUGCUGCCACUGCCACAAAUCAAUCCUUUGGCACGGAGCAGACAUGAGGACUGGGCUGUUUGCUCAACUGCAGCCAGGACGGGAAAUACCACCGCAAAGCUGCCAUUAUAGAAGUGCUCACAGGUGGCUUCUGAAACACCCCUGAGUAGAUUAAAUCAGACUGCAACUUCUGCCCGGUACCAACACAAGUGUAAAUAUACUCAAGGAUCAAAAGGUGAGAGAAUCUGAACUGCUCAUUCUCACAUCUCUUACCUCAAAUAUUUUUAUUCCUGUUGAAACUCAUUAAUGCUCCGGAGCCAAACUGCUUCUCAUCUCCAUUUUCAGACUAACCACACAGCAAGAACAAAGGCGAAGGCGGCUGCAGCUUUUUUAGGGUUUACAGAGAGCCUGAGCUGAACAAGGCCACACGGGCUCUGCCUCCCCCUCUUCUGCCCUUCCCUCUUGGGUUUGUAUAGGGAUGGAGGACAUGUUUGCCCUCAUUGCUAUGCGGACAUUUCGGUUUCUGUCCAUGUUUAAGACACUAAUGCCUAGCAAGUUUUGUGCCAACUGCAUGUAUCACCGUGUUUGACCAAGAAAGCAAAUAAAACCCUUACACCAA